AUGGACAGGUUAUCAGCUGAAUCAAGCGAAUCUACCAAGAAUCACAAGUACAGAGAGACAAAACAAUUGAAACACGAUUCGAGGGUUCACGUCAAGUUUGAUUAUGUAGUCAAAACGAAACCUUUCUCUCCAAACGAGUAUCCAUGUAAACAUUUACUGUGCGAACUGUGCGGCAAAUCGUACAUAAGAUACAAUGCGUUUAUGAGGCACAAGCUGGCUCACGAUAUCGACGACAAAACUAACAGAACAUGCCAGAUUUGUAACAAAACUUUCUCCAACGUUUACAAUUACCAGGUGCACACCGUCAUUCACCAAGGGUGCAAAAGCUACAAAUGUGGCGUGUGCUCGAAAGCGUUCGCACAUGAAUAUUAUUUGAAUAGACACAUGAAAGGUCAUCAAGAACAGGCCCUGUUCCCGGGCGAAACCUCUGGGAAGAGUUAUGCUUCAAAUGUUGGAUUGGAAGAUGACACAUUCAACGCGCUUGUCUCGGACAAGAGGAGAUCCCGGAAAUUGCACAAGUGUUCCAAGUGCGGUAAAAUCUUUAAGUACCGAAGUCGUUUGAAAACCCAUUUGAAAGUCCAUUUGAAAUCCUCGCCUGCGGGAAAGACGAAAGUGCCGAACGGAGUCGACGAAACGGACGAACGUGUCGUUAUUUUGUUCGACGAGAACGGCCUUGAAGUCGACGAAAAGCUCUGUCUAAUCGACGAAACUUUCGACUUCUUCGACGAGGGAUCUUCCGAUACGGAAAAGAAACCCGACAUAUUUACGGAAGAAGAACAAAUCGUUGUUAAGAACGAGGAAGAACCAAUUGAUAUAAAACCUUUUGAGUUUUCAACUGUUCUUUAG